AUGGCAGAAAUGCAGAUAGAUGAGAAUGGACUGUUUGCCGGGUGGAAAGAGGGUGAAAUUGAAAGGCUUCUCUACGGCUCUGCCAUAGGCUCGACAGUCUUCGUAGCGAUGAUAAUCUGGUCUGCCGUCUGGUUCAAGGAAUGGUAUUAUAGCGAGCCCAUCAUAAAAUACACGGUUGCAGUCCCCGCCCCGCCAGACGAUUCGAGAAUACUCGAGAGGCCGUCGAUCAAAGCCGCGGGUACAACAGCCAUCCAAUGCUAUGCCCCUGCGACUGGCGAAUUCCUCGGCUUUGUGAAUCCCUCUACGCCAGAGGGGAUUGACCGCGCGGUUGAGAAGGCACAGAUAGCGCAGGAUAAAUGGGCGGCAACAACGUUCUCCCAGAGACGGCAGGUGUUGAGGUGCAUACUGGCUUUUGUCAUAGAGAAUCAGGAGGAUAUCUGCAGAGUUGCUUGUCUGGAUUCGGGGAAGACUAUGAUUGAUGCUACGCUAGGAGAGAUUCUGGUCACCGUCGAGAAGCUGCAGUGGACAAUUGACCACGGAGAGAAAGCUCUACGACCCUCGAGGAGACCGACGAACCUGUUGAUGGCAUAUAAGAAGAAUACCGUGCAAUAUGAUCCGCUUGGAGUUGUUGCUGCGUUGGUCUCAUGGAACUACCCAUUUCAUAAUCUGAUCGGUCCUAUGAUUUCUGCCAUCUUUUCCGGCAAUGCUAUCGUGGUCAAGGCUUCGGAAAAUACGGCUUGGAGCGUCAACUACUUCACUCUUAUUGUGAAAGGGGCUCUCCACAUCUGUGGCCACGAUGCCCACCUUGUCCAGACCCUUGUAACCUGGCCCCAAACUGCCAACCACCUUACAUCUCAUCCAUCCAUCUCUCAUGUUACUUUCAUCGGAAGCCGACCUGUUGCCAAAUUCGUUGCGGCAUCAGCUGCGAAAUCUCUUACCCCUGUUGUUGCAGAGCUAGGUGGAAAAGAUGCUGCAAUUGUUCUUGAUACUGCUGUGAAAGAUCUUCCCCGAAUAAUUGAAAUCCUUCUACGUGGGACUUUCCAAGCAGCUGGUCAGAAUUGUAUUGGCAUCGAACGCAUAGUCGCAUGCCCCAAAGUCUACGACAAACUUGUCCUCGCACUAGAGCCACGGAUUCGAGCGAUUCGCGUAGGGUCAAUUCUCGACGCGCCUAAAGACACACAAGUCGACAUGGGAGCCAUGGUUUCAGACACAUCCUUCGAUAGACUUGAAAAUCUCAUUCAAGGCGCCGUCAAAGACGGAGCACGUCUUCUCGUCGGUGGGUCAAGAUUUCACCACCCAGUACACCACUCAGGCCACUAUUUCCAACCCACCCUCCUCGUCGACGUUACGCCAGAAAUGGCCAUCGCAAACGAGGAAUGCUUUGGGCCCAUCUGUGUCCUUAUGCGAGCCAAGAAUCCCGAGGACGCUUGUGCGAUAGCUAAUGCACCGGAUUUUGGUCUCGGUGCGUCUGUUUUUGGGGCUUCUGAUUACCACAUGCGGGCCGUCAUUCGGAAUUUGAAGACGGGAAUGGUAGCCGUGAAUGACUUUGCGGCUUACUACGCAGUCCAAUUACCAUUCGGAGGUGUAGGCGGCAGUGGAUACGGUCGUUUUGCUGGCGAAGAAGGGCUUAGGGGUUUGUGCAAUAUCAAAGCUGUCAUCGAGGAUCGCUGGGGCUGGGCGGGUAUUCGCACGGCUAUUCCUGCGCAGAUUAGAUAUCCGAUUCCGGAUACGGCGAAGGGAUAUGAGUUUGUGAGGGCGAUCGUAGAGGUUGGAUAUGGGAUGCGGCCUUGGGGGCGGGCGGCUGGUGUCAAGAGGAUUCUGAAAAAUAUGUGA